AUGGAGACGCUCAAGAGCAUAUUUGUGAAGCCAGACCCUCAGGCCCAAUACCGCAAAUGCAACGCCCUCCUCCGCAGCAACAUGCGCAAGCUCGACCGCGACAUUGCGCAGAUCAAGGCGACCGAGAUCAAGACCAAGAACCUCAUCAUCGCCGCCAACAAGCGGGCGCAGCGCGGCGACCCCUCGCGGCAGCGGCAGGCGCAGCGCGAGGUGCGCGAGUUUGCGCGCGAGCUGAUCCGCACGCGCAAGGCCGGCCAGCGCCUCGUCACGGGUCGUGCCCAGCUUGCGAGCGUGCAGAUGCAGGUUAGCGAGGCGUUUGCGCUGCGCCGCAUCGAGGGCAACAUCCGGGCGAGCGUGGGCGUCAUGAAGGACGUCAACGCGCUGGUGCGGCUGCCCGAGUUUGCGCGCACGAUGCAGGAGCUGAGCGUCGAGUUGAUGAAGGCGGGUAUUAUCGAGGAGAUGGUUGGGGAUGUGCUGCCCGUGGAUGGGGAUCUGGUGGGCGAGGAGGAGGAGGAGGCGGAGAGUGAAGUGGAUAAGGUGCUGGGCGAGAUUCUGAAAGAUCGGAUGGAGACGGCUGGGAAGAUGCCAAGUGCGCCGCUGCCGCAGCAACAACAGCAGCAGGUGCCGGCGCAACAACAGCUCGAGGAGGAUGAUGAAGAGGAUACCGAGGCCAUGAUGGAUCAGAUGAGGAAUCGGUUGGAGGCCCUGCGGAGUUAG